AAAACAACUUAUCUGGGCAGUGGAGCUUAAAAAAACGUAAAUGUGAACAGUUUUUCCCUUCUAAAGUGAUGGUACCAUCAAGCUGAGAAUCUGCAUCACACCACAGGCGCAAGACAAAGGGCACUUCAGCAGUCAUAAUAUAUCAAGAGAACAAAGAUAUCAGAUGUAUUUUCUGUGGAGGAUAUCUCACCUUAGCCAGCAUUAUUUCCGACCAUUUCAAAAUUAAGCCACACCCAUAGCGUUGCAUUAGAACUGUUAGAAAUACCUUACAAAAACAUUGCCUGGCAUAGCCCACCUUCCCUACCCUUCUCUCGGUUACUUUCUCCCUCUCAAACCCUCUGUAUUUGUCUCAGUUCAAAAGUCGAUAUUAUAUUCUGAUUUCAUUUGUUGCUGUCCAUAGGUGGAUUUGUGAUUUAAGAGCAGAGAUCCCAGUGAAAAAAAUGAAGCACUAUAAAGGGAGUGACUGUAUAGCCUGUGUGUCUAAUCACUGGUUCUGGGUCUCUAUUAAAGGGUCUGGUCCAGAUAGAACACAGAGAUAAAUGGGGUAAUGGGUCCGUGUGCAAAACUAGACCUGUGCAGGAUUUUGUGUGGGAUUCCAGAUAAUAAGAGAAUGCAUAUCCUCUCCCAGUAGGGGGCAACAUGGAUCCACAAGGUCCCUGCCAAUGAGAAAACUUCAGGGCUAAAUGUUCUCUCAUGACAGGACUUCCUCAGGGAAAAGAAGUGUUUAAGGGAUUUAUAUAUCCACUGGAUGGAUGAUUAUGGCAUUAAGUUCCCUCACCUCUCUUUCCUCUUCUCUGCUGCUGUAGAUCAUGAAACUGGAAAUUGAGGAGAUAUCAGAUCUUCGUUCCUUUGUCUUUCUCUGGUGUGGCUCUGGUGAAGGCCUGGACAUGGGCAGAAUGUGUUUGAGGAAGUGGGGCUUUAGGCGGUGUGAGGACAUCUGUUGGAUCAAGACCAAUAAGAACAACCCAGGCAAAACCAAGGCGCUGGACCCGAAGGCAGUAUUCCAGAGGACCAAGGAACACUGCCUGAUGGGAAUCAAAGGAACAGUGCGCAGGAGCACUGACGGUGACUUCAUCCAUGCGAAUGUGGACAUUGACUUGAUCAUCACUGAGGAGCCUGAGAUGGGAAAUGUUGAGAAGCCUGUGGAGAUCUUCCAUAUCAUUGAGCAUUUCUGUUUGGGCCGCAGAAGGUUGCACCUGUUUGGACGAGACUCAACCAUCAGGCCAGGCUGGCUGACUGUAGGUCCUACUUUGACAAACAGUAACUUCAACCCAGAGACCUACGCCUCACAUUUCGUCAAUGACAACCUAUCUGGCUGCACUGAGGAAAUAGAGAGGCUGCGACCUAAAUCUCCCCCUUCUAAGAUGAAGUCGGACCGUGGGGGCGGAGCAGCUAGAGGGGGACGUGGUGGGCCAAAUUCAGGAAGAGGCGGAGAUAGGGGCCGUGAAAGAAACCGGCCAAAUUUCCGAGGAGACAGGGGAGGGUUCAGGGGUCGGGGAGGGCCACAUAGGGGCUUUCCUCCUCGCUAGAGCAAAGAAUGAACCAGACUUAUGGUGGGAAUCCCUGUGCAUAGAGUCCUGACCGUUUUUUAUUGGCCAACACUGACGAUGACCACAUUGAUGAUUGAUUAUCACACUGGUUCCCGCGAUAUAAACAAAGAGGGAUUUUUUUCAUAGGAUUUUGGCAAGAUAAUCUUCACAAAUCAAGACCACCUUUAAAACAUUAACAUUUGUAAAGCAGGCUAUGUGAAGUUUGUUAUGGUUGGAAUGUGACAGCAGAGAAGCUGGCAAAUAUAAUCAAUGUUUUUUUUAAUCUUUUUGUGUUUUUUCAUGCAAAAACUUAAGAUAAAAUGUGUUUUGCCUUUAUAAACAUUAUUUUCUAAUUUUGUGUUUGUGUUUAUUUUUGUAUUAGGUUUUGAAUAUAAUGGAUAUUUGUCCCCAAGGCAAAGUUGGUCUUGCAAACAGGCGAAAGACAUAACACAAAAACAUAAUCAUGAAUACACUAGAAAAAAAACUAGAGUAUGCCAUCACAUCAUCAUCAGCCCUUUUUGUGGAUUAGUUCAUAAUCCUUUUAGACCUGGACUUUCAAUGUCUAAAUCUCUGCUCAGAGGAGGAAGGGGGCACUUAAAUAUCUCUAGCCUUAGAAAUUGCUCUCCUACAGAAGAUAAGAGACGGAUGAGAUAGUUAACAAUGAUCGUCAAAGUUAAGGAUUUGCUACCAACGAAGCCCUUUUGGGUUUAAGGGGUGUAAUGCAACAUUUUUGUUAUCUAACAUGAUAAACACAUAGAUCCAAAUGCUGUGUUUAAAUGCUGUCAUUUAUGUUUGCACAACAUUAGCUUCAGCUCUUUGCAAGCUGAUUGGCUGUUAUCGUCUGUUCAUGCUCUCCCUGCAUGAUGUUAGCAUGCACAAUGAAUGUCAAAGGGCUGUUCCUUUAGAGCAAUGCCAUGCAUCUUCCUUUACAUUUUCUAUGACUUUUGGUACAGAAUGUACAACUAUAAUUCAGGGUUGAGUCAAAGUCCCAACAAUGAAUUAGUGAAGAUUAACCUUUACUAAGUAAGUGAACAUUUACCUUAAAUUAAAACUGCAUAAGUAUGCUCACAGAGCUCCUAGUUUGGCUUCAAUACUUUAGUCUGGACCAGUUUUUGUGUUAAGAGUUUUGUCAUCAAAUAUACACAGUAGUGCUUUUAUGUAUUAACUGGUUGAUUCUCAAGCCCACAAAGAGGCCCCUGUCAGUUCCUGUUGUGCCUGUUAGGGAAGAACACCUCACCCCCUACUGAACGGGUAGAUUGGUGGAACACUUCCUCUAACCUGAGGACAAGGUGUGGUGGUUGGUUUUGCAGGUUUUGCAGGUGUCUUCCUUUUGAGCUGCCUAUGCAUAGUGAGUGCAUGUGUUAGUUAAGUGCUUGUGUUAGAUAUGAUGCCUCAAACUGCUGGUACUUCAAUGUGAAACCUUAUUAAAUGUUAUUUUUUUUUAAAUGCAAGUCUUUCUCUGCUAAAAUAUUAAAUAGUAAGUAAUGAAAAGCAUGUCAUGUUCUGCAACUCUGGAUAGCAACAUUGUUCUAAACACUUAAUUCAGUGCAAACAAUUUGUUUUCAAGGGUAAGGCCUGGUGAAAACUUUGUUUGAAUCACACUGCAUUCAUGUUAUGGCAUUAUUCUGCUGACAUUUGUCAAAAGACAACACAGAAAGGGGUGUUUUUAAAAAUGUAAAGAAUGGAUACAAAAAGAUAAAUCUUCAGUGUCAGUUAGCUGUCCAGGUCACAGUUCACUCACAUUGCAAACAGGUUAAUGCCACUGGAAACUAUUUAUUGCAAAUAAACUAUGCAAAGCUGAGAUCACAACAAGAUUAAACACAUUUGUCACGCAGACAAGUUUAAUAUUGAAUAUGUUUACAUACCUGUGUAACUUUGAGGGAUGACUAACUAUAAUUUGGUGAUGACAUGAUGCAGGUCUUUGAGUUUCCUGAGGUGUCAAUGACCCAAAA